AUGCCCAACGUGCUCGGAUGCGUCAAGAAGUUCUUCAAGAAGCCCGACGAGAAAGAUGAUGAGGAAAAGAAGCGACCAGCUGAGAACUCAGAAGAGCAAGGAACAAGCAGUUCCGCACCGUCUUAUCCUUAUUGCGAGUCUUUCGAUCAUCUCGUUUCUCAAGAAUCCUACGAGUUUCACAAGGAAAUGGCCGAUUCGGACCUGCAAAUGUACAGAACCGAUGUGGAACGAUGUGACAAGAAGAUUCAGGAACUGACGGCUCAGCUGGAGGACCCAAAGUUGGAGGAUCGACGGAGGAAAUGGAUAGAGAGCGAUUUGACGGCCGAGAUUCGGAAGCACGAGAGCGCCCGGUCGAGGGUGAAACUCGCCGAGAAGAUGGUCAAGAUCAAGCUGGCAGAGGGAUUCAUUCCGCCACCACCGUAUUCUGCUCAUGAUCCGAAAGAUACUGUUGAAGAUCUGCAGAAGAAGAACGCGGAGCUGGUGAGGGAGAAGGAGCACUACAGACGGAGGAUGAUGGAGGCGGAGAAGGAGCUCGAGGAGCAGAAGAAGGAGAAGACGAAGGAGAAGUGA